AUGCAAGACUAUCGUUUCUCCUCAGUGAUUGACGUAUCUUUAGCAUUUGUUGGGGGAAGCAUGCCUCAAGAGCUCCCCGGAACAUAUAACGUAGUGACCAUGGAGAUAAAGGACACGGACAUCUAUUAUCCCCUGAACGAUAAUGAUGCCUGGAAAUCCAUGUUACCUCCAAAAGAGGGAUAUGUUCGGCUUGGUCCAAAGGGCAAACCCUUCGCCCUGUCGAUGUACCAUCAGCUUCAUUGCUUGAACGCUCUCAGAUACGCGCAUGUCAUCGCACGACUUGGCCUAGUCGCUCAUCCCGAAGACCGAGACAUGUAUCAUGACAAUCACUGUCUGAAAUACAUACGACAGGGUCUGCUCUGUCGGGCAGAUAUUUCCGUGAUACCUAUCAACUCCUCGGCCACUACUCAAUCCCGGUGCCGGGACUGGACAAAAGUUAGAAGCUUUGUGGAGCAAAAUUACGCUGAGUGGGAAGAUAUUCCUCUGACUCAUGCUUGGGAGGAGCCGGACUGA